GACGUCGUCAGUAGCGUAGCUGCGUGAACCGGAAGACGAAGUUGCCGAAUCUUUCCUCUAGAGUCCGCUGAAAGAAAACAUCAACAUUAUUGUGAUCAUCGCGCUGAACUGUCUGUCCGUUAAUGGCGGUAAAAUGUCCCCAGCACCGGACAGAUUCCGCAGUAUGGCGAUCAUGCUGUUAGUCGCCGGGAUCGCGCGUCUGUCGCGCGGAGAUGUAGCGGAGCUCCCUGAUCAGGCGGAUGUGCCGCAGAAGCGCUUCCGGACGGCGGAGAUGGCCGACGCGGUGAUGGGAGCCGCUCAGUCCGCGGGGCUGGAGCCGCUGCCGGGGGAAGCGUGUGCUGGCGGCCGCUGUGAGGAGAGCAGCCCGUCCGAAGCGCUGCUGUCCGCCGUCCUUCACAGCGAGGCCCAGAGCCAGAACUCCACCGAGCCCGCCAAGACCUACAAAGUCAGCUGCGACCGGAGGAACAUCACGGGCAUCGAGCGCUUCACGGUGCUGCUGCUCAACGCGUCUCAGGACCUGAUGGAGCUCCUGAACGCCAACAGCACUGAAUGCUCCCUGGUUCUCUUUUACACCACGUGGUGUCAGUUUUCUGCGAACCUCGCCCCGCACUUCAACGCCCUGCCGCGGGUCUUUCCCAGCAUGCACUUCCUGGCGCUGGACGCGUCCCAGCACAGCAGGUUGAUCAGUGCCGUUCCCUCGUCGCAGUCCGGCUCGUUGAGGAUGCUUCUGUGUUCAUCAGCUGCGUUUCUCUCUCGCUCUGUUCACAGUCUCUCCACGCGCUUCGGAACCGUGGCCGUGCCCAAUAUCCUCCUGUUUCAAGGAGCCAAACCCAUGGCCAGGUUCAACCAGACGGACAGAACGCUGGAGACGCUGACCUCCUUCAUCACUAACCAGACAGGUUUUGAAGCUGGUCCAGAUCAGACAGUACGGGACGAGGACCGGGUCGGACCUCUGCCCGCGGCUCCCGUCAAAAGCAUCGACUGGCUCUUUGUGUUUUCGGUGCUGUUCAUAUCCGGCUUCGCUCUCUAUGCGGUCCUCUGCACAGACAGCGUUCGCUGGCUCAUCCCAGGACAGGACCACGAGCAUCAGGACUAGAGUCUGACCUGAAUCUACAUACUUGUGGAAUAAAUAAGGACCUGAAUGA